ACAAGAAGCGAACUCGCGCGUAAGCGCCCGCGCGCGCGCGGAGAAGUGGCAUGCGAAACUUAUAGGAUGAAACACUGCGCCGCUUCGAACAUGGACAAAACCUCGGGCGCGCGGGGGGAGCAAGAAAGAAGGAAGUCGUCCGCCAAGGCGGACGUUCCGCUGCGGGCGAUGAGCAUCAAGAAGCCCGUGUUAAGGAAAGCUAAAGCGAAGGUGGGGGCACCGGGUAGCGGUGGCGCGGCUGCUGCCGAGAUUGUUAAUGUGAGCGAGGAAAAGAGAGAAGGGGGGGGAGGAGGCGGCGGAAGAGGGGGAGAGGGAGGGGCAGGAGGAGGAAAAGUAGGCAGAGGAUUUGGCGGAAAAGGAGGCGGCGGAAGAAUCGGGAAGGAGGUGUCGGAAGGGGAGCGUGGCGGAAAAGCUCUGGGACGAGGAGAGGGCUUGGACGAAGCAGCGAAGCGGAAAGGGGGCAACGCAGCUGCUGGUGCUGGCUUGAAACAGCGGACUGCCAAGAAGAACGGCAGCAAGAAUGCUUGCACUGAGAAAAGAAAUGCCCGUGAUGCAGCACUACUGUCGGUAGCGUGGACGGGGGGAGAGGGGGCGAACGCGUUUGGUGCCGAGUUCAGAGGUAAGGAGGAGAAUGCAGGUUCAAAAGUGGAGGCGUCUAAUCCCCAAGUGUCUGGCCGGACUUCGUCCCUGCCAGGGGGGGGCUCGAUCGGGCCAGUAAGCAAGAAAUACGGAUGUCUGGCCGAGCAUCCAUGUGGUUUGGUCGAUAGCAUGCCGGGGAAUGAGGCGGGGAUUGCGGAAGAUAACAAGGGGGGUGAGACGGGAAGCGGGGAAAAGGAUGGGCGACGUCGCGGCGCGCCUGUCGGAGCCGAGCGGGACGAGACUAUUGAUGAGGACGAUGAGGCUGCGGCGAUGGCCGCGGGAGGUGCUUGUGUUGCCGAGGGGGGUGCAGUGAUGAUCGGCGGAAUCGCAGGCAGCGAGGCGGAAGGGCAGGUGUGCGCGAAGGCGGCGGAGGGGGAGGAAGAAGAACAGUCGGCGACUCUGGCGGCUUCGCAGGGUAUCGGGUGUGCGGCUGGCUCAGCAGAAGACGAAGGCGCAGGAGGAAGGGGGGAUGGAGAUGGAGAUGGAGGAGGAGGAGGAGGGGGUGAAGGAGAGGAGGGAGGGAAGAUGAUGGUGGAUGCUGCUUCGCAUGAUGAGGUUGUGAAUGCACUUACGAGAAAUGGAUUGAUGGACGCGGAGAGAGAGUUGGCAGCGCUGAAUGACACUGCCGGCGCGGAGAGUCUGGGCCCAGAGCCGCAGGAAAGCCGCGAAAAGGGGUCGCAUAGCAAGGCCCCGUUAAAAGCUGCGGAAGCGGCGGCGGCGGCGGCGGCGGCGGCGCUGGCGCCUGCGACAGCCGCGGCGAAGAAGACUGGCAAAACCCCGCGUAUCGGAGAAGCAACGAUGCGGUCCGUUUCUGUUAGCGCGGGUGGUCGGGAAAACGUUAGUGGCGGCAUGGAUGACGUUGUAAUUAGGAGCGGGCGCGUAAGAGCAGCAGCAGCAGCAGCAGCAGCAGCAGCAGCAGGAGCAGGAGCAGGAGCAGGAGCAAAAGCUGGAGUACGAGGGGGGGGAGAGAUGGAUAGAGGAGGGGGAGACGGGGAAAAGGAUCGUGAUGAUGACGGUGAGGGUCGAGAGCGGUCAAGCGGUCGCGAGAAAGGGAGGGAGAAACGGAGGGCAAGUCGGGGAAUAUGUGGCAGCGGCUUUCAGCAGGAAGAGCGUAUGGUGGAUACCGACACACCGGCGGGGGAGGGAGGAGUGCCGGCUAGAACUGAGGAGAAGCGAAAGCCAGGAGGGAACGGGUUGAUGAAAGAGGCCACCGGUGGUGAUGUCUGUACGGAUUCUGAGAGGGAGGAGAAGGAGGCGGCGGUCGGCGACCGGGAUGUCAAUCGUCUCGAGGUACAGACGUUGGACGCUCGAACGACCGCUGACGUGGUGUCCUUGUCGCCUUACCAGGCGAUGGAGAAGUCGGCCGCGAUUCAGACGGGGGACACGCCAAGAUUGGGAUCCGCAUCGUCCGCCGCCGCCGCCGCCGCCGCCGCCGGCGGGUUUCAAAAAGCGUCGAGAUUGGCAGGUCCUAGUGGCCGGGUUGAAGAUAACGGUGCAACCGUAAAGGGCACUAUGGGGCUUAGCACCGCGGGCGCUGAGCCUUUACCGAAGGAGUCUCGGGUGUGCAAUAUUUGUGGCGGGGGGUUCGACGGCAAAAUGAAGCUGUUGGCGCCUUGUUCAUCAUGCAAUGGAGCAGAACACAUAUAUUGUAUGAGCCCGCCACUUCGGAAGGUGCCAACUUGCAACUGGUCAUGCUUUGUCUGCAGGGACUUGGAGAAGGGGAACACAUCAAAGGUCAAUGGGCUUGAAGACAGUGGGAGCGCUGGGGAUUUCAUAAGUCCUGCUGUGGCCAGAAAGCGCCCAAGUGGGGUUGGGCAGGCGAUAACACCCACGGGCUCCGAUGGGAAAGCUGGAAACCAUGGUUGUAAACGGCAGCAUUCACCAGAUCCUCCGGAGGGCAGGCGGAAGCUCAUCAAGAAGAGCGAGAAAGAGUUGCUGAAGGCAGGAAAAUCUGAAGUUACCCUGGGCAUGGGCAUAGUAGGGGGUUCUAAGGCCCCAACAAUUGCUGUUGAGGAUGCAGUGAUGGAACCGGCUGUGACUGGAAUGAAAGCAGGUGAGGGAAGCUCCCUCCUCGGAGUGAAGAGGGUGGAUGGACACGCAGGAACGGGAGAAGCUAGUCCCCUAGAGGAGGGGCAAUUGCGGACAGGUAUGGCGUUGGUAACCAAGGCCAAUAGGGUAGCCUCCAAUGGCGUGGGGCUCGGAGAACGGGUUGUCGAUAAGGAAGGAUCAGGUGGUGGUAUCCCCGACAGGAUGCUUUUGGCUGGAGAAAAACUCUUGGAUGCGGUAGUGGAUAUGGCUACCAAGGGAUCUCAACAUGUGAAGCCUGAGCUUAAACCUGUACCUGUUGACGAUGGAUGCAAGCCAUUGAAGCCAGCAAUGACUGCUCAAGAGACGUCAGUGUCUGGAAGAAAAGACAGCCCAUUGAAGAGCCUUCCUGGAGGAGGGCAGAAUGGAGGCAAUGAUAAAAAAAGUGAUUGUGCAAUUGAUUCUGCCAAAGGGGCUGAUGUUUCUGUAAAGAGCCAGGAAGCUGCAAAUGUUCAGAAGGUUGGGGCGAAAACAGCAGGCCAAGUGUCAGGGAUGCUGUUCAAGGAUGGUCUGCAAAGUGUUCCAGAAGGUAAGGGCCAUGAUGGGCUAGAAAGUCCCGUCACCCCAAAACAAAGCCUGACAAAAUCUGAUCGAAGUACAUCCAAGGGAGCAAUGCUCCAUCCACGGCCAACUGCGUCAAACAGAGAGUCAAAAGCAGAUGUUGCUUCGAAGGAAGAGUCUGUCACUGGGGCGGACAGUGGGAGGCAGUCACUCACUACGGGCUCCCGUGGAAUGGGCCCCACUUCUGCUAUGAUCAUGGAUGGCAAGAAAGUGCGAAGGGAGGGGUUGGUAUCAGACGAAAAGAAGAAGCCACGCCCCCUGCUUGUGAUUGGCAUUGUUGAUCAGAAACCUGCUGUAAAAGAAGUCAUCUCACCCAUUUGUGAUGAGCGGCAAAAGGUGAAAACUACAUCGCUGCCUGGAGGCAAGAGGUUGCCCAUGCAGCCAGUUCAAGAAUCCGAGAAUCUUCAGAUGGAUGUGAUUGUAGGACUCCCAGCGGUUCGUGCUGCAAGUGUCGGCGAAUCCAGUGGAAUGAAUGUGGAGAAAGGUGGAACGGGUCAGGGGGUGAAGAUAAGUGAUGGCAAGAAUUCUCCAGGAAGAGGCAAAAGAGGGACUACUGCUGUUGUGGCUGCGUUGGAGACUUCAGAAAAACAGGAUGAUGCUCAAGACGAAGAUGCCAAAAUGGCAUGUUCUGGUUUGAAGCGAAUUUCUUUGGUGGGUGGAGGUUCCGUGAGUGCCAACUGCCACCGUUCUGAAGCCGAUGUUGGACAAGCUGCGCUUGCAUCAUCCCCAAGAAAGGAUGCUGGAGGUGAGUCUGAUGUUUCCGUAGUUGGUCUUGAUAUAUGUGCCAUACAACAAACAGGUGGGGCAUGUAUAAAGACCUUGUCUAGAGAAGAUCUGAGCUGUGGACCUAAGGAAUCACUGCAUGAUGAUACUGUCGCUAGUGAUGACGUGCAGGUAGAGAAUCAAGAUCAAGAUGGAGGUGAUUGUCCGAGUGCUUUGACACAGAGACUGGGGGUUGCUCCUGAAGUUAAGGGAAAGGAGCUCCAGGCUGUCAAGGUCGUUAGGGAGGCUGCACAACGUGAACUGCAAGCAUCCUCAUCCCAGGAUGGGGUUCCCUCUCAGGACGGGCAGGUUGGUGAAAGAACAUGCACAGAGGAUAAGGAGUCCGUGGAAGCUGCCUCACUCAAGGCCAUUGGCAGAUCCAAACUCUGUGAGAAAGCUGCUGGUUCACCCAACCUUCCAGGUUUGCGAGAGAGGGAGGUGUCUUCUCAAGGUACACAGAUGGGUGAUUGCAGAAAGGGUCUGAAUCAACUGGAAAAUCGAUCCGUGGGCGUUUUGGUUCAUGCCAGCAAUGACACGAUGAAUGGAUUGACAGGUGAUGCACCAGGUGGGUUGAAGACAUUGGUGCACACAUCCAAUUCAUUGGGUGAUGAUGCCGAUCGUUUGUUGAGUUCAACGAAAGGAAAGGAUGACGAUCUAACAUCAAGAAGUGCCAGCGGGGCCGUAAGGGAGACAGGCAAGGCUGCCAUUCCUGGGUCAACAACAUCACCAAGUCCUCGAGCGUCAUCAUCACAAGGGGAGGGUUCUCUUUCACGAGAUAGAGCCCAGAUAGUCUUGUCCCCGAAAGAUAGGUCUGACCAAAGUAUUGGAGGAGCAGCCCCAGUGCUGCCAAAUGGAGGCGGGACCAAUUUUUCUGGGAAAAGAAAAACUCCUGUUGAUAGUCCGCCAGCAGUGUAUUCCAUGAUGCCUCCUGAACAGGCGAGCUCAGUAGCAGGUGGGAGUGCUUUGCUAGAGGCCUCUGAUGGUUCUCGACAACCAGCGUUUGCCAGUGUGGGUAGGGAACCGAGAGUUGAGGCAGGGGGCUGUGCCACACCCUCUGAAUUGAAUGAAGCACAGAACGAAAAAAUGACACUGAGGACCUCCUCUGAAAGAGGACUCUCGACUGAAAAGGUUGCAACACUCUCGGCAAGCCAGCGGCUGGCUGGGAUUCGGCUGUCUCACAUAGAAAGAAUGAAGUCUCUGAAGGAGACAGUCCGUUCUGCAGGGGGCGUUGUUCCUGUUGCACCGGUAUUCAUUAUGGGCGAGGAUUCACUGAAGCGAGUGGACAUUGCUUUAGAGACAGAAAACAGGCGGCAUGGCAGGGUAACACAACUUCCAGAUGCAGUGUCGCUUGACCCUAGGAGGGGCAGCACUACUUUCCCCUCUGACACGAGAAACAACACCACAGAAAUCCCCCCUGUUCAUCCUGUGAAUGCAGGGAACGGUUAUCGUGAAAGCACAGCCGAUGGAAUUCUUGGAAAACAGCAGCCUGAAAAGGGAACGGCAAGUGGGCGAGGAGCUGAGCCCUUGGCUCGCUGCGGAAAGCCAGCUGAGGUACAAGGUUUAAGGUCAAAAGGCAGUGCAUUACUGCGACCCUAUCCUGGAACUCCAAGACCUCCAGAAUCUGUUCGAUCAAAGAUGGAAGCUGCAGAAUUUAUAACUCAGACACUGAGGGAGGGGCACACAUCGAAAAAAAGUAGAAUGUCAGAGAGGAGUGAUUUUGACAAUGAUUUUGCUGGCCGGUGGAAGGUAAACACCUCACAUGGUUUGGUGCCUCUUGAGGCAGCGGAGCCUGCUGGAGCAGUAUGGUCCGGAAAGUGUGAUAUGCGGCCAGUGGGUGGCAGAGGUGGUAAAGGUGGGCUACCUCCCACACCUCUUUUGGUGGGAAAACAUAUAGCUAAUGAGACUGCGGUUGCAAGUUCGGAGUGUGCCAUGGUUGCAGCAUGUGUGAAUGCAGAUAUACCUGUUGUCCGAGAGGUGGGUUACGGUAGAUUUCCUCUCGUGGGUGGCGGUGCAGAAGAUUCUAGCGGAACAAGGGACAUACAUUGUGUGGGUGGGCAUCCUCUGAUGGGCCAUGGAGGGCGGCGUUUUGCAGAGUCAUUUUCUCAGGGAGCGGUCAGUGGUGUAGGGGUGAGGAUGAAUGGAGGCUCCUCUGACAUCCCGGUGAGGCCACCAGGGUUUGACUGCUGGCCUCGAGGAAUGGAUCACAGGCGUGGACUCCUCGAUGCGCAAGGUGCAUUUCCACGGACGGGCUACCAAGUGUGUCAGCCUCUUCCAGUUGACAAAGGCAAUGUCUCACACAAGAAUGGGCCAGGGAUUUGCCCUGCUAUUGGGCCUCCACAAGGAGGAGGUCCCUACGGGGUUCCUCAAGGAAUGCAGCCCCCAGGUCCUGGACCUGGGAAACGCCAUGGGGGGCCGGAUCCCCUGGCAGGGUCUAGCGAAUUGUGCCACAAUGGGCCGCCAGGGUUUUCAUUGACCAAUGCACUUCCCAUUUUGCAGCCAGCAGGAGUUCAUCCAAGCGCUGUAGGUGGUCGUCCCCCCAAUCCUUCAAGCUUCAGGGGCAAGGCCAUGCUCAGUGCAGGUGUAUCUACCCCACCUUAUCCCAUGGCAGCUGCUCCUAUGGGCCAGCCACCAUCGGCUGCGACUCAAGGGGUUCGAGGUGGUUUUCAAGACACUCCUCAGGGAGCCUCCGGCAGUUCAGGUCCUGCAAACCAGCUGCGAGCCCCUUCAGAAUCUGGUCCAUCAACGGUUACCGCUGGAGUUGGUCCCAUUCCUGGUGGGUCCAGUGCAGCUGCAUCUGGAACCGGUAUGGCGGCUUCCGGUUUCCAGGGGAACCCUGAACGAGAGGAUUUACCUCCAGGUGUAGUUCCUUCUUGUAAGGCACGUAUAAUAGGAAGAAACCCUCCGAGGGAGCUCUCUAAAGCAAUCUCGUCAGGUGCUGCCUCUCUUCCUUUGGGGGACUUCCCACCUGGGUUUCCUAAAACAUUGGCAGCUACAAGGCCAUUGCCCGAGGCAAUGAGUAGUAGUCUGGUGGAUGCUGUGCCACUGGAUGUUCAGGCAAGGACUCGGAGGCCUGAUGGCCCGGCUCUGCCCCAAUUGAGUGCAAGUAGAAAUGUGCCACCGAAAUAUGUCCAGCCUGCGAGUCCACAUCCGAUUGCGCAGAAGAGAGACGAACAUGAAGAAGAAGAUCCUCCACGUCCAUCAAAGAAUGUGCUUUGGAGGGGCACACUCCGGUCGACAACCCUGGCAAGUGGUGUGGAAGUGCGGCCAUCCACGACAGCUCAUGAGAUGGCAAAAAGGGCUGCACAGAGGUUCCCGCCUAUUCUUGAUGUGGAGAUGUUGCCAAGGCAGCAUCCUGAGACUUGGCCCAGGACAUUCAUGAGGGAAGGUGUUUCGAUUGGAAAUGUGGCGCUGUAUUUCUUCCCGUCGUCAGAUAAUCAAAGAACUCAGUACGAUCAUAUAGUGAAGGUUAUGGAAGACGAAGACAAUGUGCUUGUUGCGAAGCUUCCUGAAGCGGAUUUGCUGAUAUUUCACUCAAUGCAUCUUCCGCGAGAUCGCCCUGGAGGAUGUCCACCGAAGUUCAUGUGGGGAGUAUUUGUUGUCCGAAGCCGGGGUCCACCACCUGCUCCAGGAAGAGCCGCAGCACGCUCUGGCACACCACCUGCACAGCAGACUGCUGUUGAUCGAAGAACGUCCCAGGCUAAUGUUGCUGCUGUUGAGGUGAAAUCAAUGCAUUCACAGACCUCCAAUGACAUGAAGCCAUCGCAGCCACAGGCCACAGUUUUGAAACCACCAUUGAGAGAAGAGGGUGCCGCACAAGUCAUGGAGCAAGACAUGGAAGUGGACAUGGAUAUCGAUGAAGCAGAUGGUCCUAACUCCACGACCACUGCGGAAACGGUCAAUGAUCCUCCUGCCCCGUCAUGUUCCAUGAUUCCUCCACCGCCCGAGGGUCCACCCCCCUCCCCUCCCCCACUGCCUCCCUCUCCAUCUCCUGUACAGUCUUCGUCAGUUACGGUUUCUGCGGAGAGGACUGCUUCGCAGUGGACUGAACCACCUCCCCUGCCUCCACUGCCCCCUGAGCCCAGUGGCCAAUCAGAAGGUAUGCCAGCAUCACCCCCUCCAUUGCCACCUUCGCCUGUUGUCCCGCUUGUUCCUGUGUUGGGCGGGACUUCGGGAGAUGCACGACCAGCAGUGGUCCCACGCACAGUUGCAGUUUCGCCUCUCAGCUCUCCCGUCACCACGCAAGUGGAAUCGGCCAUACCUUCUGCACCCCGGUCUUCCAUCGUCUCUACCGAAAUGCAGUCACCUCGUAUUAGUGAACUGCUCGUCUCUGCUUCCGUGCAUCCUGAAAUUGCAGCACCGUUACAAGGAAAUAGUGUGAUUGAAGUACAACCGACGAAGCACGUGGAUGUCCAGCCUGCAGAUGCCACAAUGCACCCUGAUACCCUUGUUAGUGUGGAGCCGCCAAGUAGCAUUGCUCGCAGCAAUCUUCCCCCUCCAGAAAAGCAGCAGCCGCCUUCUCAUUCCCCUGUUAAUUAUCAACCUGCAAGUUCUGUUUCUGGUGAGCCCCCUCCUCCGGCAAAGCUGGGGACAGCGGGGUUUCCGGCACAAGGUCUGUCUUCGAAGGAUUCUUUCCCACCUCUUCCUCCUGGCUUUGAACACACUGUUGCGAAAGUUGCUGGGAUAGCUGCCAACGCCCAAGCAUUGGAUUCUGCAAAGCAAAGCCAUCCAUUGACUUCUGAAGGACCCAUCGUGCUGCCCGAGUCGAAAGUCGCUAUGGAAGGGACUUUUCCUCCAGGGUUUCCAGGUCAAGAUAUUGACAGCACUCCAGGGGGUUCAGCUCAAAAUGAUGUUAGUGAUUCUCAGGGUGGCGUAGCAAAUGCCCUUGCACCUUCACCACUGGACGACUCGCAAGCACAUGAAGAACUGCUGCGCCAUGCUCAAAGGGCUGCAGAAGUGGUGGCUGACUUACCACCAAAGGGAACAGAUACGACUGCGGAGGUCUUACACAUUCCUGGUGAACAGAGACCAGACACCGGCACAACAGAGGAGUUGAGUGGACCUGAGGGCGAAGGGCCAUUUAGUUGUCAUCCAGAUCCGAAGAAACUGCGCCUGACUGAUCCUCAAAGAACUGCUGGAACGCAGAAGGUCAUUGCGGAUGGUAGUGCAGUGUGUUGCCCUAUGGACGGUUCAAUGAAUUCUUCAGGUGCUUUGCCUGGAAAUUUGAGCCUAAGUGGUGCAUCCGGAGUCGCUGUGCUGCAUCAGGCAGGGGCAGCUAGAAGCCCUCAUGCGUCCUCGUGGCAUCAGCAACAGCAACAGCAACAGCAGCAGCCACAGCCACAGCCACAGCAACAGCAACAGCCACAGCAACAGAAUGUGCCGUCAGGUGUUUCGCCAGCUUUCUCCCACUCUGGAAGUUGGAGAUUCUUGAAGAGGUCAAGGUCCUCUACUCCUGAGGAUGAACCCUUGGCUGCCACGCAUCGUGAACGGUCAAACGAUCGGGAAAGGAGAGAGAGAGAAAGGAGAGUAGAUGCAAGAGAUCGUGGCAGGGGGCUGGGAAGAGAGCAGCGCGAACGGGAGAGAGAUUAUGAGAGGGAAAGGGAACGGGAGAGGGAGCGAGAAAGAGAACGGGAGCGGGAGAGGGACAAAGAGAGAGACCGUGAGCGUGAGCGGGAGAAAGAAAGGGACCGAGAAAAGGAGAAGGAAGAGCGACUGAAAAACAGGAAGGAGAGAGAACUGAGCAGGGAAAGAGAUAGGGAUAAGGAACCGGAUUACGAUCAUGACAAGGAGCGGGAACGUGACAGGGAGAGAGUGAGACGUUCAAGUAGCUAUAGGGAGAGGGAUUCAAUGAAAGACAGAGACACGGUGAGGGACAGGGAAUCGGCCCGGGAUAGGGAGUUGGCCAGGGAAAGGGAUAUGCCAAGGGAGAGGGAACGAGAUCGAGACCGAGAAAGGCUAAGGCAUUCAGCUAGUUACCGUGAGAGAGAUGGAGACAGAAUGCGGGACAGAGAUCGGGAGAGGGAAAGGGAAAGGGAUAGGGAGAGAGAGAGGGAGAGAGAGAGGGAGCGAGAGAGGGAGCGGGAGAGGGAGAAGGAGAAGGAAAGAGAGCGGGAAAGGGAGAGGGAAAGAGAGAGGGAAAGGGAGAGGGACAGGGAAAGAGAAAGGAACAGAGCUGAGAAGGAUACCCAGAGGCGAGAGAGGACGUCCGGUGAUGAUCGGGAUGUAGGCGGGAAAGUAAUGGCCGAUUUGGUUACAAUAGGUAGUAGCCCACGGAAUAGGGAGCGGGAGGGUGAGAACUCUGCUUCAAGCGAUGCCCAAAUCAGCCAUCGGAAAUGUCCCACCAGUGAAGGGGAUACUAUAAGCCGUAAGGAGCACACCCAAAGAGCUGAAAAGGUAGCGUCGGCGGGUGCUACAGUUUCUGAGGACGAUGUUCCUAACCCGGCAAGGCAAGUAGGAAAAGACAGCAAGUCUGUGGAGAUCGACGAGCAUGCUGGCAUUUUGAACGCGCGUCCCAUACAAGGAGUACCAGGUGAGCGGAUGGUGCAGGGUGACGGUGACCAUCCUGAUAAAUCUGAAGGAAAGCUUGGUCAUGUCGCCCUGGAAGAUUUGGACAAAAGGGUGUCAGGUCCCAUGGUGUUACCUGCAGGAAGGAGUUUGGGACAAUGCAAAGCAGUGGAACUGUUUGGAAAGAGGGUCUGUGUGGUUGUUGAUCCAGAGUCCCCUACCGAUGAUGCCAUGCCUGUCGAAGGACAGGCAGCGUUAUGUCCGAGCAAUUCAGUUCCAGAAAAAUGCAACGCAGAAGGUAAUGUCAAUAGCAGAAAGGCGGACGAGCGAAAAGUUGAUGCUUCAGGGGGGAUCACCUUAUCCAAAUCAAGUCCUGUACGCACACUUCCAGCGAACGAGAAAGAUGUGGAAUUGCCAGAUUUUGAUGUCAACGCCGAGGCAAAGCCGCAGUCGGUCACAGACUCUGAAGGUGUUGGUCACAGGUCAUACCAUGGUUGGCAGGGAACACAGGCGGAUGAAGAUCGAUCAUGGACUGUAGAUAUGAUGGCUGAACAAGCACCUGCUAGCUGUGAGAACAGAAGGAUGAUCUCUUUUCUUCCUGAGCUGGGUGCAGGCAGUUGCCUUGACUCGUUAGCUGAGGAUACGGAUGGGCCUGCAUUGCAGUUCGCCAAUCUCUUUGUGCCGCUUAGAGGUAAGGAGUCAUGCAGAAAGGGUGACAAUACGAGGCAUUCUGUUCCGGUUACAGAUUUGGGAAGUUGGCGGCACGCCAAGCAGCAAGGACAAAUGAUGCCUAUGCGGGAGCGGGGGGUGGAGUCCACAGCCAUCAGAAUGACUUCGGAGAAGAGCUUGGUGUCUCUUUGGCCAGCAGGUGCGCAGGGUGCAGCAGCGGCACCAUCCCCGUUCACCCAGAAUGGUAUCGCGAUGGGAGUUGGCGGCAGUGGCGAUGCCAAAGACUCACGCUCACUGGAUGCUACUGUGCAUGUUCCUCCUAUAAACAAGAAGAAGGGAUUGGAGGGAAGGAAUGCGGAAGCUCUUUCGGAAUUGGAAAGGUCGUGUGUCAACGCCGAUCUGAUGCAAGGCAAUCCCUCACGGCACUGCGAUACAGGUAAGCGGCCUGCUGCUGUGGAGGAUGAGGAUCCUUCAUCCCCAGAGAGCCCACUCUCAUUGUCACUGUCGUUGCCGACCCACCGAAUGACAAAGAAGCCCCUCUGGGACGACAUUUCGGAGCUUAAUGGUGGUGUUGAGCUCUCGCUUGGCCUUUCAAGCAGCCUACAGUAGGGUACAUGUGAUAGAUAAUGUUUUAUCUGCCACUACUGAACUGGCCAUGGCCAUUAUGAUGACAACCAACAGGAAGGAGUCGACCGUAAGCAAAGUGGAUAUACCCAACAAUUUCUGCGACGUGGUUUGCCGCUGGUACAUCAAUUUUGCAAGCUGUCAGCUGCACCACAGGUCAAAAGGAAAGAGGAGGGGGGGGGGGGAGAGGAGAGGAAUCAGCACUUUUUCUCCAAAUGCAGGCUCGCCGCGACUUCCACCUCUGGCCAUGAGGUAUCAUGUACGGUAUUUUGCAGCCUUUCCGAGGUUGAACCGCAAAUAGACAGGUAUGCUGCCCAACAUGCUAUUUGAAUAUGCAGGGGGGGUGCUGCUGAGUAAACUAUCUUUUUGGUGGAUACUGGAGGCAGGCCAGUGGGGUGAGUUUGUUGCUCUCGUAACUGUUCAUAGGAGGAGGAGGAGGAGGUUGGCUUGCUCACCCAGAUACGGCUCAUCGCAGACGUCGAAGGCAAUGAGUCACUCAUUCAUAAUUUUCAUAGGUAUGAACUUCAAUCACAGAUGUGACCCAUCAGACUUCCACUCCAUUGCCUGGCACAUGGAAUCAUAAUGAAGGAGAGGGUGGAGAGGCUGGGGUUGAUUGUAUACUUCCCUCAAAGAGUUGUUCGGGGUAUUGCAUGCGGAGAAGCAGGUGAGUAGUCGGUCGCUAAGGGAAACGUCCCUUUGUGGUAUGCACAGCCCACUGGUAUUACAGUGGUGGUGGCCGCAUUUUCUGGUCCAUCUGGCAGAACAUCAUGUACAGGUAUGCAGAGUGUAAGAUAGUCGCUGUGUCAAAUUUCUGAGUCCGAUUCCGUCUCGUUAUUCCAUUUGACCAAACCGACUGAGUGGUAGAUAGAAAUGGGAGUGUGACGAUCAGUUGUGUGAAGGGUGAGGCCUGAUCGAAAAAAGAAGUGGCAAUCGUACCAACAAGUACAUUGGCCACGGAUGAGACAUCUCGGAUUCUGUGGUCCUCACUUGUUGUGGCCUUAUCGAGUUUUCUUCUUCCGCCCCAAGCACGCUCUGUGCUUGAUCUGAUCAGUGCAUUUUCCUCCCUGUCUUCCGUCAUUCUGACUGUCAUUCAGCGCAUGAGACAGCCAUUUCCAAGGCACACACAUCCGCGAAGACCCCUCUGCCCUGGCAGAGCAGGUUAAUAAGGUUCUUGCACAGAACUCCCCAAGAACCACUCCGCAGGAAUGUUGUGCGCAUCACGUCGCUCGAAGUCGCGGAAGAAGAAGAAGAAGGCGUGGCCCCUCCUCCUGGGCAAUGUAUCGGUUGUAGUGUCUUUGCGAUUCAGCAAGGGAGGCAGGCUGCAAGCUGCUGCAGGAGGGAACUGCUUCUCUACACUCCCGCCUGUGUUGCAGGCUGGCGGUGGGUGUGCUGCGCACUGCGCUUGGUCGUUAUGUAACUGAAAAGGAUCAAUCACCAUUUGAGAGAUAGGAUGGAGAGACAGGCAGCAAUAAAUUGCUGUCAUCGAUCGACAAGUCUCGUGUUUCUAUCUUGUGUUUGGUUGCAUGAUAUUUGUUCUUGUGAAUGCAAUUUAUGCUCUGUUGAUCAUCGUUUCGUUUUAUGUUUGUGUUGUAGAUGUGAAUUUUUGUUAGAGGUCUCUGCUGCCGUGUUGCUCUUUGAAAUUAAUUUUCCUCCUAGUUUCUGCGAAAGCGUUUGUGACUCUGGACGGCUGUGAACAAGCGAGCGUGGACGUUUUUGUCAUUUCCCGUCGUGUAGAUGAUGCUAUGUUUUUUUUUUUCAUUUAUUUCUUUUUAGAUGAUGCUUACUAUAUAUUCUUUUGUGGGAGGUUCUCUGCCAUUUUCCAAAUGCGUGUUUGUGUGUCAGUGUGUGUGCAUUAAUCAUACAGUACGGUAGCUGAUUUGUUGCGUUGCUCUGCGUAAUGCGCACCUUGUUUU